AUGUCGGCGCACUCGAGAGGAGGUACAGGCAAGGGUUCAGGUGGAGGUGGGAUGGGAUGGAGUACACCCGAGACCCUGUCGCCACGAAGCUACAGCCCCGCCAAGCCGACGUACCCGUCCUCUUCGGCCACGAGCUCACGCUUCAAUUCUCGCGCGGGCUCACCGAUCGCGACGACCAACAUGGCCGCUACGAAUGCAGGACCGAAUCAUCCAUUGCAUCUCCCACCGACGCCCAAGUCGGCCCAGUUUCCCUUCGCUUCAACCUCGACUGCGACGUUGGGCUCGACGAUGACGAGCUCGACUUCGACUUCGAGCUUUCGGCUCACUCCAUCGUCCGACGCGGCCACCGCGGCCUCGAGCUCGACCGUGCUUGGUGAAGGCGGCAGUGGUCAAUCCACCGUACGCAUACGACGCGGUCAUUCACCGAACCCAUCCGUCAACUCUUCCGGGGUCUUCGCCACCACCAGCAUCGACGCGGAUGUGACGCGCCCGAGUCUGCGCCGACUGACGAACGAGACCUCGUCGAGGGUCGCUUCUCCUUCAACGACCGCAGGAGUCGCCGCGUGGAGCGGCAACGGUGGUCCUGGUUCGGGAACAGACUCGACUCGCGCAAGCUUGGACAACCUAUCAAGACCUUCUUCUUCCUCGAGGAACCCUGCUGCUGAAAGAGAAGUUGUCGUGCACAAGGUCAGCCCUUUCCUCCGACCGCACUGGUCCCCUCGAUCACGCGCCUCGACGUGCCGGCUAAACUCGUCGGGAUUUUCCAUUACUGCGCACAGCUCGUCAAGACGGACACGUUGGCAUCGAUAUGUCUCAAAUACGGCAUAAGUGUGAGUGGAUGGAUUUGAGUGAGUUUUACGCUCAGACGCGACUGUGAAGCUCAUCGUAAAGCGCCAAUAUUCGUGCAGGCCCAAGCCCUUCGGUCUUCGAAUCGGCUAUGGCCUUCGGACCCAAUCCAUCUACGAGCGACUCUCAACAUCCCUCUGGAUCAGUGCCACUUGUCUUCCGCAUCUGCCGGGAUAGAGCGUAUCGUGCGCGAAGAAGAUGGCAACUUGGUCGUAUGGGAGAGGGAUCGGCCAGCCUCGACCUCGACCUCGACCCCAACUUCCGAGCUGCCUUCUGCCUCGGCGUCGACAUUGACAUCCCCGUGGUCGACCUCCAACACCAUCGCUUCGUCGAGGAACGAUAUCGUCAGCCCUCGAGUCAGAAGAGUUACGUCAAAUCUUCACGAGGUGAACGAUUCUGCCAGUUCUUCGACGGCGGACCUGCUCAACAUCUGGAACAAUCCCGAACCUCCUCACUCGCUGCUCGACGAUCUCGACGAAGACGACGCCAAGACCAUCUCGCUACAUCCUCACUCGAACGACACGGUGAAUGGCUUUGGAAAAGGCAAAGGCCGAGCCAUCGAUGCUUCUCCCGCCGACUACCUAUCCUUGACCAACAAUCCUUUCGCCUCGCCGACUUUCCAAAACAAGCUCAUCUCCAUCACCCCUGACCCACCGAUAGCUCGAUCACGGUCCUCGACGAUGAGUUCUUCAACCUCAUCAGUCAACCCUUUUGCCGUGGCUUCACCACCGACAGGAUCGAACGGUACCGCACCGGAUGGUCUUUCGAAACGAACGCUAACGAUCGAGCGGCUACCCUCCUCGGCGCUCUCCUUCUUUCCCCCUUCCGCCAACCACAGCUCCCCCGAUAGAAAGGAGUAUCUCUCAUCACCGUUCUCCUCUCCCCAAGCAUCCCACUCCAUACCCUCCUUCGACCCCUGGUCAAACGGCCACCGCACCCCCGCGCUCUCCAAACGGAAAUCCUCCAUAUUCGGUCCGCUCGUCAACACAUUAGCCAGACUGACGACAUUGGAAAGUGGGGAGGAGUACGCUCGGAGAAGUAGUGCUUCUUCGACUCCUGCUGUAGCGAUGACGGGAGCGAAGAAUGCAUCAUCGUCGUCGUCGUCGUCGUCGUCUUCGGCGGGUAAGCAAAAGGCACAGCGUAAAGGGUGGGAUUUGACGUAUUUCGGGCAGGAGGAGUAUGCUUCGAAAUGA